CUGAUCCGUGCGCAAAUGCCUUCCGAUCCACGCGCAGCUUUCAGUGUUCCGUACUCGUAGAAUUGUUUUGUGUACUUGAAGGAUUUUUCACAAACUAAUGCAAAAUGCAUUAGUUUGUGAAUGAUGUUUUGUAUUUGCAAACCACACUGAGCGUGUGUGUGAAUCAUUGUGCGUGAGUAAAACACGUUUUGUGUGCGUGUGAAUCGUUAUGCGUGAGCAAAACACGUUUUGCGUGUGUGCGGGGUUUUGGCAUGGUUCUAACUCCAUAGUCAAGGACCGCAGGUCAUCAUUGUUUCUACUGUUUUAUCCUUUAAACUUGAUCAGGUCAGCAGGUCCGCAGGAAUUUACUAAAUAAACACGUUCUCUGCGGCGCGCGGGAAGCCAGUUUAAACUCCGUGACAGUUGGACCUCUUAUGAAUGAUCUUUAACCGUAGCCUACUAAUGAUUUAAACCGUAUUAAUAUUUAACCGUAUUAAUUAUCCUUAAACGUGUUCAUGAUUUUAACCGUAUUGAUGAUCUUGAACUGUAUCAAUAAUCUUUAACCGUAUUCAUUAUCUUAAACCAUGAAGACACAGAACAAGCGAGGUGUGCAGACGCGUUUUGAAAAUAUUGAUCAGGCAGAAAAUAUCGACCUUUUAAGAACAAAACAGCAGAAAAUUAGAAAGGUUAAGGACGUGCGAGGGCAUGAAACCAUAAUCGGAACCCAGUGGGAGGCCGAAGAUCCGAUCCAGAUCGACAACAUCGUUCUUCACACCAUAGCCCGCCAACAUGAUCCUGGAGACCCGCAGCCCUCCACACCCUCAUCGUGUGAAAAGCUUGAUUCGGCUCCCGGGCCUGGAGGACUAACAGAGGCCAGUAAGCAACGAGAUGCGAGGCCAGGCGGUAACGUUACUCACGCUUUCUACCCAACCGACGGUGGAUAUAUUCGAUCUUUCAACGCAACCUCUGCUGGUCCACGUCCCCCGAUCAGUGUCUUCCAGGCCUUUCAGAUGUCCCAGACCGGUACCCCGCAACACAGCCCUAAACCCACCGCAGGCCUGGAUGUCACUCUCCCUCCCUCAGAUGAAGAAAAUGUAAAAGCCCUGGUUUUGACCGAGUCACCAUACAGCAAAGGAUUCAAAAAGGGCAAUAUCAAAAGGCCAAUGAACGCCUUCAUGGUGUGGGCUCGUAUCAACCGACCGGCCCUGUCCAGGGUCAGCCCUCAGGCCACCAACGCAGACAUCAGCAUCCAGCUGGGCAAUGAGUGGAGCCGGAUGAGUGAGGAGCAGAAAAACCCCUACUUUCAGGAGGCUCAGAGACUGAAAAAUGUACAUCAGCAGCAGUUCCCUGGCUGGAUCUAUCAGCCCCAGAAGAAGAAGGGGGGUCCUGGGGGCCACCGGCCCAGCCCCUCUGAUGCCGUCCAGGCUAUGGAAGAAGAGCCACAUGGUCAGGCUUCCACCCGUCACCGCCCAAUACAGCCCUCCAACCCUCUCCUCCACAGCGAGCGGGGAGCAGGCUCCAGUCGUCCUGCACCUACCAGUCUACCACCUACCCCUCACAGUCUCCCGUCAUCCACCACAUCCGUCCCGGUGUUCCCCACUCUGCCUGGCGCCUGGCCAUCCAGAGGGGCAGACCCUCGGACCUUGCACACACCAGCCUCAAAUCCAGGCCCCUCUCCCUUUCCCAGGCCCUCCCAUGCGCUCAACAGCUGCCCCCAGGGCCUUUCUCAGGGCCAACAUUCAGACGCAAGAUUCCUUCCUGGGCCAUCUCCGUCCAGCAUGGUCUGCUCCUUUCCUCAGUUCAUGCCCAUGUCUUGGUCCAACCCAGCUCCUUCCAACCCCUACUCAGCAUCUUCUGCUUUGAUACCCCGACCACGCGUCAUCUACCCCAACCCUCACUUUGGACCCUGCUACCCCAAGGAUUCUUCAAUGGCCGCAGUAUUACCCUCAGAGCUACUACGACACCCCCCCCUUGAGGUACGACGUGGCUCUGACGGCCCUCCACCUGGAGUACCUGCAGCGCCAGCAGCAGGCUGCCUGGGCCAGCGGAGAUAGCCCCCCAGGACCUCCGGGGGCUCACCCAUACGCCACCCAGACCUUUGGCCCGUGGUUUCAGAACCCGAGUGGCCCGCCGGAGACAGAGGUCCUGGGCUCGUUCCUCCACAGCUCCGGCAGCUCAGCCAUGGGCCUCAUCCAGAGCCACCAGCUCAGGCUGCCACAGCAGCAGGGAGAGGGGGAGGGAUGUGACCAGGAGGAUGAGGUGGUCGAAGUGCUCUAGGGGAACCUCCAGCACACGGUUCAGCAAGAUCAGUUUUUAAUCUCACAAUCGUUCUCAAUUGUCGUUCUCUAAACUGUUUAAGGAAUUUUAAAGGUGCAUCAAACGUUGAAAAUGUAACGGCCUAUAUUUUUAAUUAUUAUGUGCAUAUGAAUUAUUAUUGUGAUCGAAACAAAUCUUCUAAAUGAAUUUGUCCAUCAUAUCCGAAGUUAUUUCCAACUGGUGAGAACAUUGAACAACUGGAUACAAGAAACCGCCUGCAAAAUGUCUCGCGUGUCAACAGAGAAAUGUACCGUCAGCCAAUAAAUAUGAGAACAAAUUUCAACACAGAAUACAGUAUACCCUUUCAGGACGUUACCUUGGUGUUUGCAAAUAUGAAUGCAAAUGUGACUGCUUGCCCUCAAGCCAGGGCAGGUGACGCACAGUUCCAACAAUUACUUAAAUAUGCAUGGCCUUCUAAUGCUCUCAAACUAAUAUAUGCCGUGAUAGAGAAAGGCCAAAAGAUGUUCACAAGUACACUAAAUAAAAGUGUUCUUAAAUGGUUGGUGCACUGUAAUUAAAUUCAUGUUUUGAGGCCCCUAGCCGUGUAGUGAAUGUACACUUGCAUUAAAGUGGACUUGGUA